GCAUCUGUCACAACCGCUGCUGCUCGGUACCGCGGCAUGCUUACACCGGGACAAAGGUAGUUUUAAAGAGAAAGAUACAAUGUCCGAGGUGCGAAAAUUCACCAAGAGGUUGAGUAAACCUGGGACGGCAGCGGAACUCAGACAAAGCGUCUCGGAGGCUGUGAGGACAUCGGUGGUCGUGGAGCAGCCCAAAAUCAUCGAGCCGUUGGACUACGAGAACGUGGUGUUCCAGAGGAAGGCUCAGAUCCACAGCGACCCCCACAGAGACCUGCUGCUCUGCCCCGCCGACGAUGUCUCGGAGUCCCAGAUCUCUCGCCAGAGGCGGACCCUGGUUCCCUCCGUGCCCCAGAAUGCAGAGCGAGAAGCCCAGAGUCUGUUUGCCAAAGAGUGCAUCAAGAUGUACAACACGGACUGGCACAUCAUCAAUUACAAAUACGAGGCCUACUCCGGAGACUUCCGGAUGCUUCCAAAUAAAGGCCUGAAGACCGACAAGCUGCCGCCUCACGUGUUCGAGAUCGAUGAGGACUUUAAAGAUGAGGACACAGCGUCUCUGUGCUCCCAGAGGGGAGGCAUCAUGAAGCAGGGCUGGCUGCAGAAGGCCAACAUCAACAGCAGCCUGUCUGUCUCCAUGAGGGUUUUCAAGAGGAGAUACUUCUACCUGUCCCAGCUGCCCGACGGCUCCUACAUCCUCAACUCCUACAAGGACGAGAAGAACUGCAAGGAGACCAAAGGCUCCAUCUACCUGGACUCGUGUAUAGAUGUCAUCCAGAGCCCUAAGAUGCGUCGGAACGGCUUUGAGCUGAAGAUGCAGGAGCGCUACAGCCACUUCCUGGCUGCGGACAGCGAGGCGGAGAUGGAGGAGUGGGUCGUGACGCUGAAGCAGGCCCUGCUCAGCAGCUCUGAGGCCGGCUCCGACCGCAGGAACGGGGGGGACUCUCUGGACUGUGUCCUGGACGAGGACAGCACGAGCCAGGGGAGGGGAGAGAGUCUGCUGGAGAGUGUGGGAAGAAGUCUUCACCCUGAACUGUUGAAGUACGCCAGGGAGACAGACCAGCUCAAUAAAAUCAACAGGAACGAGGGAAGACAAAAGCUGUUCUCCCUGGACCCCGAGACGCAGCGUCUGGACUUCUCCGGCAUCGAGCCGGACGUGAAGCCGUUCGAGGAGCGUUUCGGCCGGCGCAUCGUGGCCAGCUGCCACGACCUGACCUUCAGCCUGCAGGGCUGCGUCAGCGACAAGGGAGACGGGGUCCUCACCAACGUGGAGCCCUUCUUCAUCAGCCUGGCUCUGUACGACGUGUCCAAGAGCUGCAAGAUCUCCUCCGACUUCCACGUGGACCUCAACCCAGCCUGCGUGAGGGACAUGCUGGCGGAGGGCCCGCCCGCCCUGCUCUCCCCCUCCGACUCUGACGGAGGACUGGGGGAGGAAGGGGGAGCGCCGAACGGAGACGGAGGGAGAGGGAACAGCGUGCCCGUCCUCCAGAGGGUGCCCGAGGCGCUGCUGCGCUUCCCCACUCAGGGUAUUUUCUCAGUGACCAACCCCCACGUGGACAUCUUCCUGGUGGCUAGGAUCGAGAAGGUGCUCCAGAACGGCAUCACCCACUGCGCCGAGUCCUACAUUAAGACCUCGGACGUCCCCAAGACUGCUCAGAAGGUGCUGAAAGCUGCCAAGCAGGCGUGCCAGCGUCUGGGCCAGUACAGGAUGCCCUUCGCCUGGGCUGCCAAGCAGGUGUUUAAGGAUGGCCAAGGUGGUCUGGAUAUGGAUGGGAAGUUUUCCCCCCUCUAUCGCCAGGACAGCAGCAAGAUCUCCACCGACGACCUCAUCAAAAUGCUGGCCGACAUCAGGAAGCCAGAGAAGAGCAAGCUGCAGACCAUCCCAGGCCAGCUGAACGUCAUCAUAGAGUGUGUGCCACCCGACUUCUCAAACACGGUCACAUCGUCCUACGUCCCCGUCAAGCCCUUUGAGGAGGGCUGCGAGCGGGUGAGCGUGGAGAUGGAAGAGUUCCUCCCGGAGGAGGCCAAGUACAGCUACCCCUUCACCGCCUACAAGAACCAGCUGUACAUCUACCCCCAGCAGCUCAAAUACGACAACCAGAAGACCUUCGCCAAGGCCAGAAACAUAGCGGUGUGUAUCCAGUUCCGAGAUUCUGACGAGGAAGGAGCGGCCCCUUUAAAGUGUAUCUACGGCAAGCCGGGAGAGUCAAUGUUCACCAGCAGCGCCUACGCGACCGUUCUGCACCACAACCAGUGUCCGGAGUUCUACGACGAGGUGAAGAUUGAGCUACCGGUGCACGUGCACGAGAAACACCACAUCCUAUUCACCUUCUACCACAUCAGCUGUGAGGUCAGCAGCAAAGCCGGCACCAAAAAGAGAGAGGGGGCAGAGUCCCUGGUGGGCUACUCCUGGGCUCCCCUUCUGAAGGAGGGCAGGAUGCAGUCCAUGGAGCUCCAGGUGCCGGUGUCUGCCACCCUGCCCGCUGGCUACCUGUAUGACAGGAACCUGGACCCCAAGAAGUCUGCGCCAGAUAUCAAGUGGGUGGACAACUCCAAGCCCCUUUUCAGAGUGAGGACCCACGUGGCGUCAACGAUCUAUGCACAGGACCUGCAUCUCCACAAGUUCUUCCAGCACUGCCAGCUGAUGUGCUCCUCUGCGGAGGGCAGCCCUGCUGAGCUCAUAAAGUACCUGAAGUGUCUGCAUGCCAUGGAGACUCAAGUGAUCAUCAGAUUCCUGCCUACCAUUCUGAUGCAGCUGUUUGAGGUCCUCACCACGGCAACCAACGAGGCCCAUGAGAUCGCUGUCAACUCCACCCGAGUGAUCAUACAUAUAGUCUCUCGGUGUCAUGAGGAAGGGUUGGAACACUACCUGCGCUCCUUUCUCAAGUACGUUUUCGUGACCAAAAGCUGCACGUCCGGGAAAUCGUCUUCCACCCACGAAGUCCUCGCCACCGCGGUCACUGCCAUCCUCAAACAGACGGCUGACUUCAACACCAGCAACAAGCUGCUCAAGUACUCCUGGUUCUUCUUUGAAACCUUGGCCAAGUCAAUGGCGCUGUACCUGCAAGAGGGCAACAGGAUGAAGAUGCCGCGAGCCCAGAGGUUUCCGGAGAGCUUCCACCAGGCCCUGCAGUCCCUGCUGCUCUCCAUCAUGCCUCACAUCACCAUCCGCCACCCUGAGAUCCCAGACGAGGCCCGCCAAGUCAACCUCAGCCUGGCCGCCUUCAUCAAGAGGUGCCUGACCUUCAUGAAUCGAGGCUUCGCGUUCAGCCUCGUCAACGACUACAUGUGCGGCUUCUCUCUCAAAGACCCCAAGGUUCUGACGGAGAUGAAAUUUGACUUCAUGAUGGGUGUGUGUAACCACGAACACUACAUCCCCCUGAAUCUGCCCAUGGCGUUUGGACGCACAAAGCUCCAGAGGGUGCAAGAUUUUAUUUCGUAUGCGACGGAGCUUUUUGGCGCAGUAGACCAGAGCCUGGAGUUCAGCCUGACGGAGGACUACUGUAAGAACCACUUCCUGGUGGGCCUGCUCCUGAGGGAGGUGGCCGAGGGCCUGCAGGCCGGGCCCGAGGUCAGACAGCUGGCUGUGGCCGUGCUGAAGAACCUGCUCAUCAAACACGCUAUGGACGACCGCUACGCCCUGUACAAGAACCAGCAGGCCCGGAUUUGCCUGCUGUACCUCCCGUUGCUGGAGCUGCUCUACCAGAACAUGAAGCAGCUGUCUGCCCAGCAGCCCACCUCCAGCUCAGGCCUGGCCUUCAACGGAUCCAGAGACGACUCGAUGUCGACGGGCUCCAUGGACAGCCGCAGGACCAGCAUGGCAAUCGAGAAGGACCCCGGUCAGAACGGCCACGUGAGGAGAGAAGAUUCCAGAGGAUCCUUGUUUAUGGACCCUGGCACCCCAGACAGUCAUGAGCUGCACAGACGUGGCUCCACCAUGAGCAGCACCCUACCUCCCAUUGGUCGACUGGGCCAGUACGAGAUCAAAGGACUGCUGUUCUGCUUCCUACACAUCAUCAGGACCGUGACUGAAGAGACUCUGCUGGCAUACUGGAACAAAGCCAACCCACAAGAUGUCAUGAACUUCCUCAGUCUGCUGGAGACAUGCGUGGUGCAGUUCCGCUACGUUGGGAAGAGGAACAUUGGCAGGAGCCAAGAUGCCUGGGUGUCCAAGCUGUUCUCUCCAGACAGGAAGUCUCAGACCAUGCCUGUGAUGCGCUGCCGGAACAGCUUCAUGCAGACCAAGAUGCAGCAGUUCAGCACCAUGGACACCUCUCUCACUCUCAACAUCGGGAUGGGGCCGUCUGAGGCCGAGGUCCACCACCAAGCUGUGCUCGAAGGCAACAUCUCCACCGAAGCGUGUCUCAGUGUGUUGGACGUCCUUUCGCUCUUCACUCAGAACUUCAAGACCCAACUGCUGGACAGCGACGGUCAGAACCCCCUGAUGAAGAAACUCUUUGACAUCUACCUGACCUUCCUCAAGGUCGGCCAAUCAGAGGCCGCCCUCCGUCACGUGUUUGCCUCCCUCAGGGCAUUUAUAAACAAAUUCCCGCCGGUGUUGUUUAAGGGCCGUGUGACGCUGUGCGCGGCGCUGUGCUACGAGGUACUUAAGUGCUGCGUGUCCAAGAUGGCGUCCCUCAGGGCGGAGGCCUCAGCCCUGCUGUAUUUGCUCAUGAGGAACAACUACGACUACACCAAGAGGAAGACCUUCCUACGCACACACCUGCAGAUUAUCAUCGCCGUGAGCCAGCUCAUCUCAGACGUGGCCCUGACUGGCAGCUCUCGCUUUCAGGAGUCGCUCUCCAUCAUCAACAACUUUGCCAACAGCGACAAGGCCAUGAAGUCGACAGCCUUCCCAUCGGAGGUGAAGGGCCUGACCAAGCGCAUCAGGACAGUGCUGAUGGCCACGGCCCAGAUGAGGGAGCACGAGAAGGACCCCGAGAUGCUGCUGGACCUCCAGUACAGCCUGGCCCGGUCCUACGCCAGCACGCCCGAACUCAGGCGCACCUGGCUGGACAGCAUGGCCCGGGCACACAUCAAAAAUGGAGACCUGUCCGAGGCUGCUAUGUGCUACGUCCAUGUGGCUGCCUUGGUGGCAGAGUACCUUAACAGAAAGAAGCUUUUCCCCAGCGGCUUGGCAGCCUUCAAAAGGAUCACCCUGAACAUAGAGGAAGAGGCUGCCAUGAAGGAAGACACAGGGAUGCAGGAUGUCUACUACUCUGAAGAGGUGUUAGUGGAACGCCUGGAGCUGUGUGUGGAGGGAUUGUGGAAGGCCGAGCGAUAUGAGCUCAUCACACACAUUGCCAAGCUCCUCAUCCCCGUGUAUGAGAAAUGCCACGAGUUUCAGAAGCUGAGUAGACUGUACGACACGCUGCACCGGGCCUACAACAAGAUCCUGGAGGUGAUGCACUCAGGCAGAAGACUCCUGGGGACCUACUUCCGAGUAGCCUUCUACGGACAGGGCUUCUUUGAAGAGGAGGAUGGAAUCGAGUAUGUGUACAAGGAGCCAAAGCUCACAGGGCUGUCCGAAAUCUCCCAACGUCUCCUUGCGCUCUACGGAGAUAAGUUUGGAGCCGAAAACCUUAAAAUCAUACAGGACUCCAACAAGGUCAACCCCAAAGACCUAGAUCCCAAGUUUGCGUACGUCCAGGUCACCUUCGUCAAGCCCUACUUCGAGGAAAAGGAGGCUCCAGAGAAGAAGACGGACUUUGAGAAGUGCCACAACAUCAACCAGUUUGUGUUCGAGACGCCGUACACACUGAACGGAAAGAAACACGGAGGAGUGGAGGAGCAGUGCAAGAGGAGGACUGUGCUCAAAACGGCCAACACGUUCCCCUAUGUGAAGAAGCGUGUGGAGGUGAUGGGGGAGAAACACGUGGAGCUGAAGCCGGUGGACGUUGCCAUAGACGAGAUGAGGGCUCGCACGGCCGAGCUCCACAAGCUGUGCUCCAGCCAGGAGGUGGACAUGAUCCAGCUGCAGCUCAAACUGCAGGGCUGUGUCUCUGUACAGGUGAACGCUGGGCCCAUGGCUUAUGCCAGAGCCUUUCUGGAUGAUUCAAAAACCAACCUGUCCAACACCAAGAAAGCGAAAGAGCUCAAGGAAAUAUUUAGGCGGUUUGUCCAGGCCUGCAGCAUGGCACUCGACAUCAACGAGCGUCUUAUCAAGGAGGACCAAUUUGAGUACCAUGAAGGUCUGAAAACCAACUUCAAGGAUAUGGUCAAGGAGCUGUCUGACAUAAUCCAUGAACAGAUCUACCAGGAGGACAUGAUGCGCUCCCUGCUUCAGAACUCCAUGCAUGUGUUUCGUGCCAUCAGUGGAACUUCAACAGACCUUGGCUAGUCCAGUCCUUCUGUGCCAUCAUCUUGCCUUAAAACAGAAUCUCCUUGGUCUUUAUGUCUUCUACAGACCUUCCAGAGUUACUGUAUGUGUUUUAGGAACGGCACCUUUGAGUUGGACAUGGACAACACUUUGACCUUGCAGGCCCCUCUUUCUUAUGCCUAGUUACCUAGUUAUGUCCAACAAAAUAUAAUGGGUUUGAAAUACAGAGCAGUAUUGAGAUAUCUCUGUCUAGACUGUGGAGUGGAAUGUAUGAGAGCAAAGUGACACUGUACAUACAAAUGUUAGCAUGUCAACCUGAUGUUAUGAGUCACAUCUGUAAGAUGACUUUGCACUUUCGUGGGAAUGGUAUGUUUUUAUUUUACUUUUAGUGGCCAGGAUACUUGGUCUUAUUGUACGUUUGACAGAACUCUAUGCAGACAACAGUACUCACUACCUCUGUGUUUUCCAGUGUCAACCAGACCUCAGGCUGUAAGCUACAGAAAACUCUUGUUUGCCUUACAUGCUAGUUCUGUAUGUGUUUGAGGACAGUGAGGUCUGUGUAUGGAUGCAUCAUAUGCCAAUUACUCUGAGCGAAACUAAGAAUGUGGCUUUGCUGUUGUCUGUGUAAUAAAGCCUAUGGGAUGGUGUCAUUUCACCAUGAGCUUAUCUUAUAACUGAACUGAUUGUGUGCUGUACACACUAUCAUUUUUUCAUUAGAAAUGCUGUGCAGUUGCUUACAGCUUACUGAGGUUUUAAGGAGCCAUUCUGUCUCCCUAUGGUAUGUUGUGCCCCAUCCUCAGUCUCUUCUAUUUCGUUACAAGUUCUAGAACUCAGUAAAGUGCUGUUUGUCCAGUAUUUCACAAGUGCUACACUGAAAUGAACAGAUAGAUGAUAAUAUGCAAAUGUGUAUAAUAUAUUGUUAUGCUGUAAAUGAAUACACUUUAUCUGUGUAUGUAUGUGAGUAUUUAUAUUUGUAUUAUCUUGGACAAAUAACAGGUCCAAAAUGUGGUCUAGUAAGAUAAAUGUUAAUUGUGUUUUUUAUUUGAAUUUUUAAUUGCAUUGUGAGUACAACAGCUUAUCAAUCAUACUUUGUAAAAUCGUUGAUGAUUAAAAGAUUUUUGCAU